AAAUUUCUCUGUUACGUUACACCACAAACACCCAAACGUACAAUUUCUAGCUGUAUAAGCUGUAAUGCAUGUGCAUUUUUAAUCUUUCUGCACAUAAAUUCAGUCUAGCAUUGCAAUUAAAGUGAUCUACAGAGGAAAAACCCACAAACCCACAUUCAUUUCACUGAAAUUCUUUCUUGGGCAGCCAUAAUUUGUUCAUUUCAGUGAAAUUCUUAUUUGGGUAGCCAUUGUUUGUUCAUUUUGUUGCAGGUAUGAAGAGUUUUUCUGUUCCAAAGCGUCUCCAGAAUGCUGUAAGAUAUGUGAUGAUGAUAAUGAGAAAGAAGGCUGCUAUGAAAAGAUUAAUGGAUCUGAAUUUUCAUGCAUCAACAUUGAGUUUUUAUGAUCGUGUGUUAAGUGGGCCUCUGAAUCAUUACCAGUUUUCUUGCAGCAGCACUCCUGUGAAGAGAAGUAAGAGAUCUACAUGGGAUUGGAUGAGGCCCCUGUUGGGAUGUAUUAAUGCAAAGGAAAUGAGGAGGUUUUCUCUUUCUUUCCCAAGGUUGAGUAUUGAGUGUAGUUCUCCUUGUUCUUCUGAUAAUAACAAUGAGAGCCUUUGUGUUGAGGUGGAUGUUGAAGCAGAGGAAUUCAUUGCUAAGUUUUAUGAGCAGAUGGAUUUGCAGAGACAGGAUUCUUAUGUCAAAUGUCAGGAGAUGUUAGCCAGGGGUACAUGACUUUUUGAUACAUAUAUUUGUUCACUAUCAUUUUUUGAUGUGUGGGAGAUUGGAGUUAGGUGAUGGAAAAUUUGCUCAGCCAUUUUGGGCAGAGCAGAGUGCUCCAAAAUUUUGGUGUUUUUAAAGUGUAGUGAUCUUACCAUUCUUUCAUAGAGUUGUGAGGCAAUUGGCCUUCUAGAUCUUGUUCAGAGAA